AUGGGUUUCCAGGAAGAUCAUGUGAUGACAACGUAUCAUAAUCAACUCAAAGAGAAGGGGUUACCUUUCUUUGACAUUGGGUCAUUUAUUGAAGCAGUCUUGCAGUACAUGGAAGACGAAGUUAGAAAAUGUCUAGUAAAUAAAUUGGCAUUGGCUGAAGUUGAUGUUGUCCCAAGCCCACCCAUGUCUGAUAGAAAUGAGUUGGCUUCUGACACAAACCAACAAGUAGAAUCAUCUACAACUUUAAUGGAAUUGGCAUUGGCUGAAGUUGAUGUUGUCCCAAGCCAACCAAUGUCUGAUGGAACUGAGUUGGCUUCUGACCAAAACCAACAAGUAGAAUCAUCUACAACUUUAAUACAGCCUAUAGUAGAUGAAUUGGCAUUGGCUGAAGUUGAUGUUGUUCCAAGCCAACCAAUGUCUGAUGGAACUGAGUUGGCUUCUGACCAAAACCAACAAGUAGAAUCAUCUACAACUUUAAUACAGCCUAUAGUAGAUGAAUUGGCAUUGGCUGAAGUUGGUGUUGUCCCAAGCCAACCAAUGUCUGAUGGAACUGAAGUAGAAUCUACAAUAGUUGAUGAAUUGACAUUGACUGAAGUUGAUGUUGUCCCAAGCCCACCAAUGUCUGGUGAUUCUAACCCACAACCAUUAUUUGGUAAAAUAACUGAUCAAGUUGCCACUCUCCCAAAGUCAGAAGGUACAAUUAGACACAGAGUGAUUGAGUGUAAGAUUUGUAUGGAGAAUGAGAGUGAGUUAAUGUUUUUACCUUGUAAUCACAUAUGCACUUGUUUCAAAUGUGCAUCAAACAUAUCCACAUGUCCAAUUUGCAGAGCUGAGAUAAAAUAUACUAUUAAAGCAAUUAUAUCAUAGUAAAGAAUGUUUUAGAUGUGUGAUAAUGAUAUGAUAUGUACGAUUCGAGAGCAAUACUUGGAUACAAAAAUAUGUCCACACCUACAGUAAUAAGGAUGAUUUUAGACCAUUUACAUAACAUAAUGUAUCCUAUCUAUCAACCCGGCUGGAAAUAUAUGAAUUUCAAAUCCUAUUAUUCCUAUAAUAAAUACCUUAUAAUUAUUAUUGACGAAAUAU